AUGACUCUUUCAAGCAAGUUCAAAACGCCCUCUCACAAUGGGUUGCUUCUGGAAGAAGAAAAAGUUAACAUAGUUGGUGAAGUUGAGGAAGUCCAACGAGGAAAGUGUGGACAGGAGCGCCUCACGGACACUGGAUCAACAGCGGAAGAGUGUGAUUCCUCGGAGCCGGACUCUUCGGGGGAAAGCGAAAACAGCUUCUGCACUGAGCCCCCCAUCAAAGGCCAGAGCAGCACGGUGAAGCCCCCUUACUCUUACAUCGCUCUCAUCACCAUGGCCAUCCUGCAGAGCCCCCUGAAGAAGCUGACGCUGAGCGGCAUCUGCGACUUCAUCAGCAACAAGUUUCCCUACUACAAAGACAAGUUCCCGGCGUGGCAGAACUCCAUCAGACACAACCUGUCUCUGAACGACUGCUUCAUCAAGAUCCCCAGGGAGCCUGGAAAUCCAGGGAAAGGCAACUACUGGUCCUUGGAUCCGGCCUCUGAGGACAUGUUUGACAAUGGCAGCUUCCUUCGGAGGAGGAAACGGUUUAAGAGGAAUCAGCCCGAAAUAAUCAAAGAUGGAUUUGUGUUUUAUUCCAGUUUGGGCUGCUGUCGAUCUUACGCGCAACAUUAUAACAUACCGGGCCAGGUAAGCCGCUCACCUGCUGCUCCCAUUCAUUACAUGCAGGGCCAGAGCGGCAUCAUGAUGCCGUUUCCUUCAUAUUACCUUCUACCAAACGCUCUGAGCAGUGAUAAGAGCCGAUUUAAAGACUCCAAGGCGCAUCCGUGCGCACCAGAAGCAAAACCUGGCCCGCAGCCAAAGUGUUCCUUCAGCAUCGACAGCAUCAUGAGUCUGCCCCCUCCUGUGACGCAGCAGAUGCCAAAACCACCGGUCAUUCAUCGUGGCUACAACCAGAUCAUGUCAAACCCAAAUACCUGUUUGGUUCCGACGCUCCUUCAGCCCUCCAGAACUCCACUCUGCCCUCCAUCCGCCCUGAGCGCGGCUUAUUUUAUAACUGACCAGCUCAGCCAGACAUACCCUCGCUGCUGA